AUGUAUGCAACUGCAGCGCCUUGCUGCAAAUUCGCCACGAUUGUACUAGCGGUCGAGCUGAGAUGCGAUCUCUCUGGUGCUGUUGCAUUCAUCAGAUCGAUGGGACCUGUGUGUCUUGGUGCUGAUAGCGCCCGACUUCUCCGUACUUUGUCAGAGCUUCCGGGGCUGAGCCUUGCAUUCAGCCAGUCAGGUACAUUGCAGCACGGGGAAGUGAAAGUACCAUCCGCCAAAGGGGACGAGCAAUGGCAACAGACAGGUCCAAUGAGAGGAACUUUCAUGACGUUCUCACCCGUCAUAGUUGAAGUUGCCCCGAGGAUGAACCACGGUGAGCGGCGACGAAUUUUAACUCACACUUGCCCACCAAUUCUCAAAGCACUGACGAAUGGCAAUGCGCGGAAGCCAUCCUAUCCCUGUCGCGCGAUGGAUCGGCAGCCUGCACAUCCUUUCCUGGUUCUGCUUUGGCUGCUCACUCCCACUCGCUCCCACUCGCUCCCAGCCAUGAUCCGUCAGAAGGUGUGUCGAACCCGCGGGAAUGGAUCGUCCUGCCCCAAGCCGUUGACUUUCUUUGUGGUGGAGCUUAAAAUCCGACCAGAGAAGGAAAACACAAAGGGGGAGAUACCUCCGGUUGUAGUACCGUCUAGGUGCAUUAUCAGUGGCACUAGUCAGGGUAGCGGGAGGCACGAUGAGAGAAAGGUCGAGCGAAGCAUUCCGAUAUUGAUCCUGACCCCGUCUUGCGGCGAUGGAGGCAAAGCCACGAAUCCGAUGGCUCGAUCGACGGAUAGGAGGGAAGGAAAACCAAAAAAUCACAUUGUAAGAGGGCCAUCCAACCUCAGCAGCAUCAUGCCUCUACAUCAUCGGCCAUGGAUCAUCGUCAUACUACUAGCGGUGGAUGAUGAGGAUCAUCGCCAUUCCUCCGAGAGCGACACCUCGUUGGCGGUGAUGAGUGGCCCCCCCCCUUCAGGGGAUUUGGGUUCCCGCUAAGGAGGGCAGCGGCGAACCAAGGGGCGUGAAAUGCUGGGUCCGACAGUCACUAACCGAACCACUGCUGAGAAAGGAACAAGACGAACCCCUAAAAGGGCAGCGGCGCCCACCAACCACGGGACGCCAGUCCGAACGGAGGCCCUUCACCGAAACAAUCAUCUGGCGGCUUUGAUUUGAUGGCCAGAGAGACAAGAAGUAGUAAGAGUGAGAGUCAGAGUGAGAGACAGAUAUCUUUUUGUUCUUUUUUAGUCGCUUGUUUACGUAGUUGUGAGGUGUUAUGAUGUAGUAUCUGUUUGGUAGAUGGGGUUAGUUGUCUCAAUGGGAUUGGGCUUUUCUGUCACUCUACAUAGUUAUUCAUGUGUCUUUUUCUUAGCCUACAUCUUCAUUUUUCCUGCCUGUUGUGUCUCUGGUUUUUUUGCCUCUCUUUUUUUACAUUUCUUGCCUCCCCCCGUACCCAGGAAUACG